UGUAAUCUUGAUUCAAUGUGUUUAGUGUUUUGUUUUAUUCUUGCUACUCCGUAAAAUUGGUGUGCGUCUAAUGUUUUGAAUUUUCAUUUUUCAUAAUUUUUUUUUAUCUAGAAAUUGUUUUACUUAAAAUCUGUAUCAUAAUAUUAACUGUUAAGAUUUAGUAGAAAAAAUGAGUGAUGGUACUGUGCAGUGCAAAAAAUUUAUCACGGAGAGUGAAGUUGAAGAACUGAAAAAGAAACGUCAAGAAGAAUGGGAAAAAGUUAGAAAACCAGAUGAUCCUGAAGAGGCCCCAGAAGAGGAAUAUGAUCCGCGUUCACUCUAUGAAAGGCUGCAAGAACAAAAGGAUCUUAAGCAGUCUGAAUUGGAAGAAAGUCGUCGUUUGAAAAACUUAAUCAAAGGGUUAGAUGAUGAUGAAGUCGCUUUUUUGGAAUUAGUAGACCAAACUAAAAUAGAAAUGGAAACAAAGUUGUGGGAAGAGGAAAAGAAAGAAAUUCAAGAAUUCAGACGUGCUGUAUCCACUUUGACAGAAGAAGAGCAAGAAGCCAAGCUGCAACAUCUAAGACGCACGCUUAAUCUACCAACUUCAGGUUCAUCGAAAAAGAGUCAGCAAACAUUACUUGCCGGUGCACUGAAACGAAAAGCGUCCAGUUCACUUAGUCCAGAGAAGAAAGAAAAUUCAAAUACAGAUAAAGAUCAGGAAACCAAAAGUGAAAAGGAUGAACCAGUCAUUAAGCGACCUUCUAAACCUAUUAAUACAAUAUCAUGUCUUGGUGUCUUACCUGGUCUUGGUGCCUAUUAUUCUGAUAGCAGUGAUUCUGAAAACACUUCCGACUCAGAAGUUGAGAGAGAAAAUGACUACGAUUUAGUUGGAAGGAGGAUGAAAUUUUCCCGUUUGUCUACUUCUGUCGUUUUCUGUAAAAGCAAUGUAUUUUGAAAACGAAUGAAAUCGGCAAGGAAGUCCAGAAUCGUACUAUUCUGGAGGCUCAUUUGGAAAUUCUCUUCAUUUCAUGAAGAUGGGAAAAGAUAAAUUGUGAAGAAAAGCACGAGCGAAAUUUCUAUAGUAGCAUAGAAUGUAGCAACAAAAGUUAUUCAGACUUGUUUCAACAUCUAGCAAACUCUAUUUCCUUAACCACAAAUAGAAUUUUCGGACCUAGCCUGGAUCUGCCAGGUUUUUUUGUUUGUUUUUUAUAAAUUUAUGAAACCAUAUUGACCAUGACUAAAAAGAAGCACCUAGAUAAGCAGUUAUUGAAAAUGGUUGUAAAGGAAUGCCAACAUUCCAACCUAGUCGAGGACGCAGAAUUCUAGAGAUUCGUCUAUAUAUUGUGCCCAAUUUUUAAUCUACAGCAAGCAAUAAGCAACAUGCGUCGCUUUUGAAAGCGGGAGAUCAUAAAAGAUUCUUUAAAUCCCGGACCAAAGAGAAAAUGUUUCACUGCACAGAAGUUCCACCCAGUCAAAGCUGUAGUUUUAAAAAGCUAAAUGAAUUUCAUUUAUGAAAACAUAACAUCAAAGAAAUUAUUGAAGGAAACAAAAGAACUGUGAUUGAUAGACGCGGCGAAUAUUUCGUUGAUGAUUUCUGAGAAAGUGAGAAACGAGAAAAUUCUUAUGGAUAUCCUAAUAUCUGGAAUGGAUAUGCAUUUGAAGAAUAAAUAAAUAGUUCUGAAAUAAGAUGCAUUAAGGUGGUAAGCUAUAAAUAAAUCAAGAUUUCCAAGGCUAUAUAAAUUAAUGGGAAGAAGAUAAUGUUUACCAGCCAUUUCUGUCCUCUAUAAAAGAAUUUUUUUCAAAAACUGAUUAUUGCUGGUAGCUGGUAAGAAAAGAAAUAAGUUAAGAUGCAAAAAAGCUAUCGAAAUAUUCUUUUUAAUAUAAAUUGAUAAUAAUUCAAGAUGCAAAAUAAAUGCAUGUCUUUUAAAAUUAUUAUUAUUAAAAAAAGCUGUUAAGAUUUAUUUACUUAUUUUUUGAAACUUUUUAUUUUUACUUCUUUGAAAUAAAUUUGUACAAUAAAUGUGAAUGGAAAAAUGUC